GGCACCUACGUACGCGCUUCGAGCUGGCGCAAGUCGGCACCGGGGACGGCGCCGGGGAAGUCGUGUGCACGGACACCCCGAUCGACGCAGACUGCGAGCUGGAAUUGGUGAUGUACGAAGACGCGGACUCACUCGACCUGGUGGGCGAGGGCGCUCCCAGCGACGACGACAUCGAGGAGACCAGGACGCGAUGCACUUUCAUCCUUGCCAAACUGGACAACAUAUUCUUCAUGACGCCCGAUAUGGAGGUGACGGAGCCGCUGCGGCUCGGGGUGCAGAAGGAGGUGGCCGGCGGCUGA